AUGUUCAGGUCAACCCGUGGAUAUGAAUAUGAUUCCUGCAAAGCACAUAGUAGUAGGGAUCCCCCCACAUCCGAUGGGAAUGGCGUUAGAGAUAUAGAACUGAAACAUAAGCAGACUGCUCCAGCUGGCGCGGAUUUUGAUCCUCCACAAGGUGGUCCGAUACAUGAACAACGUGGUCUAGUUCCGAUGCCUCCACAUCCGAUACCUACUCCUCCACACGUCCAUACAAGUAUAAUUGGAAAUUCGAGUGAUUUAGUGGCGAUUGCCAUACAGGAAUGUAUCCAAGGCACGCCUGAUCUGUCGCCUGAGUGUUGCAUCUACAGAGUCCCGGAGAGAUUUCUCAAAGGGAAUGAAGAAUUCUACAAACCUCGUGUAGUCGGAAUCGGACCUUACUUCAGAAGUACAAGCUAUGUCAAGACCAAAUACGUGGACGCCUUUUUCCGCCGGUACAAGCUCAACUUGGACGCUUGUCUUGGAUUAGUGAGAGCAUGGGAAGCAAAAGCGAGGAGCUAUUAUGUGGAGCCUAUUGAACUAAGUAGUGAUCAAUUUACUUUUACAAUGCUGAUGGAUGCAACUUUUGUUUUGGAACUCAUGCUUAGGCAUCACUUUUCUAGAUACAGAGGUAAUUGUGAUCCGAUAUUUCACAAGCCGAGGAUAAUUGAAGACGUUUACCACGACAUCUUGUUGAUAGAAAAUCAACUUCCUUUCUUCGUGCUCGAGGGUUUGUAUUUGUACAUGCAAAUCGGUGCGAGUACAGGAGAUCAUCAUCUUUCUUUCACCGAGCUAACUCAUGACUUCUUCAAGCAUUUCUUGCAAAUUGAUGAGUGUCCCGCUAACCUUGAUCAAGUGAAUCAUUUUGUUGAUUUUAUACGACGCCACUACUUGGCGCUGCCACCGCCUCAAAAGGAUGAGCAGAAACAUAACGCUAUGGUUCAUGAAAUUCCACCAAGCGUGACGGCACUUGAUGAGGCCGGAGUUAAGUUUGAGACAAUUAAAGGCAGUGCCUCCUUGCUUAACAUAGAAUUCAACAAUGGUUGUCUCAAAAUUCCAAAUUUCGUAGUAGACGACUGGACAGAAACUCUCUUCAGGAACCUGAUCGCUUUUGAGCAGCCACGGCACGGAGAAGUACAUUUCCCAGUUUAUGUUCCUCAUGAUGUGCAUGAUCAGGACUUCAAAGGACGCAGAUUUACUCAUGGACUACGGAGUCAUAUCUAG